UGAUUGUUUACAAACGAACAACCUACAAUAUUUGUAAAUUAUUUCAGUAAUUAAGUUUUAUUGGUGAUAAACUUGAGGUCAAGAAAAUUUUGCUGUUCAUCGCUAGAACGUAAUAUUUGCUAUUAUGAUAUGCAGAAUAUUAGUUCUAAGAACAGCCUGAACAAGGGCCCAGAUGUGAAGAUUUUUUGCUCGAAUGCACAAUGUCAAGUCGUCAACGAGGAAUUAACAAAUUUAUGUCAACAAGUGACAGACCUAAAAGAAACGGUUGUAUCAUUAGAAAAUAUUAUACAAAUAAAAGAUAUACAAUUGCAAAAAAUGCAACGAGAAAAUGAGCGAUUGUCGACUGAAUUGAAAAAACAACAAAGACAUAUCAAGAACCUCAAACGUAAGAUUACAAAAAAAUCAUUUAAGUUCAUCGCGAUCUUUAAAUGCAUCGACUUAAUUUUAGAGCAGUUGGAUGAUGAGAGGUUUCUCUAUCAAAAAGAAAAGGACUCUUUUAAUAAUGAAAUACAAAGACAGAAGACACGAUGUGCAAGUGGUGCUUCGAAAUUACACCAACAACGAAAAGAAUUUGAGAUAAUACGAGAAUGUUUGGAAGAUGAGAAUAAGUCGCUUAGAGAAGAAUUAAAUGAGAAAAUCGAAACAACAUAUAAUUUAUGUAUAAAGUUUUUGCGAAUGAAAUAUGCUAAAGAUUCGUUGAGGCAAAAAUUUGAUCAAUUGUUGAAGGAACACUUGCAAGUAAUAACGGAUAUGAUGGAGAAACUAGAUGAAGCAAGAGAAGAACUUAAUAUAAUUGUAUCCGAAAAGUUUCAAGAGCCUCUGCCUUUAAGUAAAGCAAGAUUUUUACAGGUGGUACAAAGAAAUGCACGAUUAGUUCAUGAAAAUGCGACACUUAAGGUACAAAUACAACAUUUGACUUUAAAUAUUGAGAGAUUAAAGAAUUGUGUGCAAAAACCGAAAUCAAUAAAUGUAGAUGCAAAUAUUAUUGCGAAAUUAGCAGAACAAAGUAAAAAAAAAUGUAGUAAAGAAUCUACAAAAUGGAUACCGAUUCAUUUAUUUGAAAAUGAAAUUGAAAAAACUUUAUCAUUUACUAAACCAUCAGAUCUUCAAAAUUUCGUCAAUUAUUCUGGAGAUGUAAAAUUAGUAUCUAAAAUUCGAUCGAAUAAAUUAAAAGGGUACUCCAAUACUGCUAUACGAGAAGUUCAAACUAAAGAUACAUGGAAAUCGGGAACAGUACGCGCUCGCAGCGCUCCGGAAAUUCGACUAACAGAAGAUCGAGCAAGCUCUUCUGAUAUUAUUUUAGCAGAGUCUUCAAUGGAUGUACGACAUAUCUCAACAAAUACUUGACAAAUAUUAUUAAAUUUAAGACGUUGUAAAAAUGUAAAUGUUACUAUUAACUUUUUUUAUAUUAUUUAUUUAUUGUUAAAAAGACAUAUCGACUGUAGAAUGUAGAAUGUGAUGUAUCGACUGUAGAGUAAGUGGCGCUAAAGUAAAUCAUUUAAAUUUUGUUCACUAGAGGGCGAUUUCGGUAUGAAACGGUUUUGAUAUUUUCAGUGUCACAUCGAAAUGUGUGUGUUAAUUAUAUUCAGUGCAUAUAAUUUUUUUAUAAAAAUAAUUUAAACAAUUUUUUGAAGAUGAAAGUGUAGGAACAGAACAACAAUACGAAAUAUCUGGAUAAGG